AUGAGCGACGACCGUCGUCUACCUCCGCUACCUCGCGUGGAGCCACUGCCCCGGGGUCCCUUCAACCCUUUCACUUCCGUUCCUAGUCCGCCCACCUCUCACGAUGCUUUUCCCGUCAAAUCACCUUGGCCACCAGCGGAACACAUGGUGGCACCACCAUCGCCAGCGAUCUCCGCUGAUGGCUCUUGGCCAGACUCUUUGCCAUCCACCAAGACUCGAGAAUUUCACACGCAACUCACUCACAUUGAAAUCUGGGCCUUGAUAUUCCCCAAGAACAUCAACCGCAAGCCACCGUUGCAGCAACUUUGUGGACGUAAGCGUAAAGGAAGCAUGAUCACUGGAGACGGGGACGGCCAGAGGGAGAAGCACAGAAUCGCAGAAGGUAACCGCCGCAAAAACCUCAGCCACCUGCAUCGGGAUCUCGACAGUCGCAUCCACGACUUCUUCCUUGAGCGCGCAGGCUGGAAUCCAUCCAAGAGCCUCCCUGAAUCGAAAGAACAUAUUGUACAGGCUGCCAUAUUUUUGAUUGAUUUCAUGGGCUUGAUCAUUGUCCACUUGAUCCGACAGGAGAACGAGAUGCCGCAUGACCUGCCUGAUAGGCUGCAAGCCCAGAUGCGUUGCAUGCAUUUGCAGGAACUGGUGACCAGCCUGCAACAGCAAAAUCAGACCUCUCAGCAACAAAUCAAGGCUUUGAAACAAGAGAACCGGAUGCUGGAAGAACGCAACCAGACGCUUGAAUUCCAGCUGAAGACGUAUGAGCACAUGUUUCGCGCGUCCAAGGGCGAAAAUAUGCCCCCUCAAUCAAUGCCAAGUCUUCAAGAGGUCAAGCCGCGGAACAUGCUCCCUGGCUUGAGGGUUUUUUGUGACGAGAUCGCCGUCAACAGUCCUGAUUCUCGAUUGGAACCCAUUCCAACUGCACCAAGCCAAUCAUUUGGUCAUUCUUACCUGAGCCACACUCCCCCCGUCACUGGACCCUCCUCACCGAUGUUUGCGCAAACUUCUUACUCGGUACCGGCUUCGCGACGCCCAUCGCUUCCAUCGCCCUAG